AUGGCGCCGGUGGGCCCCAAGGGCGCACCCAGCACGCAGCGGCUCCGGCGUGAGCAGACGCAGCCUGUAGCAUUUGAGCUUGAUGUUCCUCCAGAGGACAUCAUUGCAGACCUCAUCAUUGCAAACCAUCUGCUCUUUGCCAUUUCGGGGAGUACACUGGAUUUCUUGCCACAGAGGCCACUUCACACAGUGGGGGCUUAUUUCCUUGCGUUAGAUAAUUUCAUGUUCGCGGCAGCUUCUAUGCAGAUGCAGUUUCCUAGAUGUGCUCCACCAGACCCUACACGCACCCUCCUCGACCUUAUUUGCAUACUCUUGAACGGCUCCUGUGGUAUUGAAUGUUAA